GACCCGGGAAGUUUAGCGACGCCAUCGAGCAAUAAGUUCCUGGCUGUGGAGGGCGAUGAUGUGAUUUUUUCGGAUUUGGUGAUUGUGCUCGUACGAAUCACUUGUUGAACAAGACCCGAACUUUUUGAAGAGAAGGAGUCGUCAAUAUGGUCAAACACCAUCUCAUGAUCGGGACGUGGACGCCGCCAGGGGUCAUUAUCACGGUCGCGUUCGACGAUGAGACACUAGAGUUGGAGUUGGUGAAGAAGACCGAGAUACCUGAGGAUGAGCCGAUCAGUUGGAUGGCCUUUGACCAUCAAAGGAAGACCAUAUACGGCGCGUCGAUGAAGAAAUGGAGCUCCCACCAAGUCAAAAGCCCAAGUGACAUCGUCCACACAGGCAGCUUUCCAAUAGGCGGACAUCCUAGAGCAAACGACUCCGACACCAAAACCCGCGCCAUCUUCCUCCUUCCCGCAAAGAAGCCCCCAUACGCCGUAUACUGCAACCCAUUCUACGAUCACGCAGGCUAUGGCAAUGUAUUCUCCGUCAACCCCUCGGGCCACAUCAAGGAAAACAUCCAGAACUUCGAAUACUGCCCACAAACCGCCAUCCACGGCAUGGUCUUCGAUCCUAAAGAGGCCUAUCUCUACAGCGCAGACAUGUGGGCCAACCGGAUAUGGUGUCACAAGAAGAUCGACGACGAGGGCAGGCUGGAGACAGUAGGCUAUACGGAAGCCCCAGCACCAAAGGACCAUCCCCGCUGGGUGGAAAUGCACCCUAGUGGGAACUAUCUGUAUGCGUUGAUGGAGGGGGGCAAUCGGCUGUGUGAGUAUGUGGUUGAUCCACAGACCAAGCUGCCGAUUUACACUCACAAGACCUACCCGUUAAUACCGCCUGGCAUCCCCAACGCAACAACAAUGUACCGCUCCGACGUCUGCUUCCUGACGCAAUCAUCGCAGUACCUUUUCGCUACUUCCCGAUCCAACUCCUUCUCCCUCACUGGCUACAUUGCUGCCUUCAAAAUCGCACCUUCAGGAGCCAUCGAGCGACAAAUCUGUCUCAACCCAACACCAACAUCGGGCGGGCACAGCAAUGCCGUAGCACCGUGUCCAUGGAGCGACGAGUGGCUUGCACUCACAGACGAUGAGAAGGGCGGCGUGGAGAUUUACAGGUGGAAGGAUGAGUUUCUUGGACGGGUUGCGAGGCUAGAGGUUGGGGAGAAGGGGUUUGGCAUGAACGCUAUUUGGUACGAUUAGAAAUUUAGAUGAUGGAAAGGAUAGACAGCUGCACGGUUUUAUUCACCAAGCAGCAGGCAUAGUAUAGAAAAUAGGUUGGUAUUUGGGCUUGCCGACUUGUAGUAAUAAAUACUGAAAACCUGGCC